CCCAACCAUGGGUCAGCUCCCACCUCAGGGGGUACCUCCCAUUGUGGUUCAGCUCACUCCUGAGGGGCUGCCCACAGUCUGUAGGUCAUCUCUAACCUGGGGGGCAGCAGUUACUCCUGCUCGUGCUCCUACCCGGGGGCAUGAAGCCGGGUAUGCCUCCCCCCAGUGCUCCUGCCCACUGCUGGGAUCAUCCCCCGGUGGCAGGGACGAUGCAGCCCCAGCAGCCGAUGGGGCUGCAGCCUGGGGCCGCAGUGCGUGGGCAGCCCCUGCAGCCCACAGGCAGCUGCCCACUGCAGGCUCCCAGCCACCCCGGACCCUCAACUGUCCUCCAAGGACCUCCGGUGCAGCAGCAGGUGCACCUCGUGCCCGGCACCCUGCCCACCAUCUUCGAGCAGGAGGAGGAGCCCUUUGGAGAUGCCGUGGUGCACACGGAGGACCAGGAGCAGCCAGCACCCAUCAGCAUGUGCCCCCAUCCCACUAUGGCUCCGCUCACCUGUAGCAUUGCAGCGCUGGAAUCAGGUGCAGCGACAACCAGCUCAGACAUCCCAGAGGACAUCACCGACAUUGGUGACCUCCUGGCUUGGAUGAACAGUGGUGAGUUUGGGGGCAGCAGAGCUGGCGGGGGAGUGUUUGCGCCCAUUUGGUGUGGGAAAGCUGGCUUAAACCCUGUGGUAAUUUUCUUUCUCUUCCAGAAGUGGCACCCAAAGAGGUCCCGGACAACAUCCCGGGCAUGGAUGUUGACUCGGCUGAGUGCCCAGCCCCUGCCUGCACCACCAGUGGGCACCAGCAGAGCACUGGCAGCAUCCAAGCCACCAAGAGGAAGCUGUCGCAGAGGCAAGAUGCUCCAGAGCAAAAGCGCUCACGCUAGGCGAAGCUGGGUGGGCUCAGCAAAAACGGGAGCAUCUGCAGAAACCAGCCCAUGUGGUGCAGCAGGAGACACGGCUGCAGCAGGAGACAUAGCCAACAAAUAAGGCUACCUGUAGCCCUGGGCUCCUCGCCGGCCCUCGCACAGAGCAGCGGCAGUGCUCCACGGGCACCGGCACUGGCCCCAACCCCUCCAAACUUGGGCUGUCCACCAACACCACCUUGGACUGCGACAGCGUGGGACUCCAUUAGAUUAUGUUAUGUUAUGGCAUUUUAUGUUAUUUUAUGUUCAAUUACAUUAAAUUACUUUAAAUUAUUAAAUGUGUCAUAUU